AUGGCUCACAGCAAAGUAGUUAUUAUCGGCUCCGGCCCCGCCGCUCACACCGCCGCGAUCUACCUCUCUCGCGCGGAACUCAAGCCUGUCCUCUAUGAGGGUAUGCUGGCUGGUGGCACCGCUGCCGGCGGUCAGCUUACUACUACCACCGAUAUCGAGAACUUCCCCGGUUUCCCCGACGGCAUUGGCGGAUCAGAGCUCAUGGAUAACAUGCGGAAACAAUCCAUCCGGUUCGGCACCGAGAUCAUUACCGAGACGAUCUCUAGGGUCGACCUGUCGCAGAGACCCUUCAAGCUGUGGACUGAGUGGAGCGAUGGUCCCGAGGAUGCGCCCGCUCGCACUGCCGAUGCUGUUAUCAUCGCUACCGGCGCCAAUGCCCGCCGCCUGAACUUGCCCGGUGAGGAGGUCUAUUGGCAGAACGGAAUCAGCGCCUGCGCCGUGUGUGACGGUGCCGUGCCCAUCUUCCGCAACAAGCCCCUUUUCGUCAUUGGUGGUGGUGACUCCGCUGCCGAGGAGGCCAUGUUCCUGGCCAAGUACGGCAGCAGCGUCACCGUGCUUGUCCGCCGUGACAAGCUUCGCGCCUCCAAGGCUAUGGCCACCCGUCUUCUGUCCCACCCCAAGGUCACUGUUCGCUUCAACUCCGCUGCCACUGAGGUUAUCGGUGAGAAGAAGCCUAACGGCCUGAUGACCCACCUCCGCAUCAAGAACACUGCCACCGGUGAGGAGGAGGUUGUCGAGGCCAACGGUCUUUUCUACGCUGUUGGUCACGAUCCCGCCACUGCUCUGGUCAAGGGCCAGAUUGAGCUCGAUGAGGAGGGCUACGUCGCCACCAAGCCCGGUACCAGCAUGACCAGUCUCGAGGGUGUCUUUGCCUGCGGUGAUGUGCAGGACAAGCGCUACCGCCAGGCUAUUACCAGUGCUGGAUCCGGUUGCGUUGCUGCUCUUGAAGCCGAGCGAUACAUUGCCGAGACCGAGGCGAGCGAAGACAUUCCUCCCCCCCACGCCAACCCCGCUCUGUAA